GGCGGGUUUCAUGUGCGAGAAAAAAUGGUGCAAUCACUACCUAAAAAAUAGCCCCAAUCUAUCUCCAUUAUUCUAUAUAAGCCACCGUCUCAGCCAUAGCCACAAUUCUUACCAACCUAUAUUCUUGAAUUGGGAAUUCAGAGCCUUCUGAUUUUUUCUCGUAUCUCAGCCGUCUCAACACAUAAUUUUUUCUCUUUUUGGAAGGACAAUCUUCUAGCUCUCUAAUUUGGUAUUAUCCACCUUCACAAACGAGGUAAUGUUUUUUUUAAUUUCUCAAAGAAGAUGGUGAAUGUAUCGGUGCAUUUUAUGUGAUUUAUGAAUUGGAUUUCAGAUAAAUUUGGUUGUUAAGAUAAUUGAGUCUCUCCCUCAAUAGAUUGGGGCUCGAAAUUUGCACCUGAGGCGAGACUGAAUGUCAGGCGGUCCGGAUUCCCCGUUAAACCUUUCAGGAUUUUUUCACAACCUCCAUUAGCAAAUAAAAUGACAAAGAGGCUGGGUUGAUUUGUUUAGUGCUAUCCUCGUUUUGUUUUAUGUAUUUAGUCCAAUUUUAGGUAUUAUGAAUAAUUCUAAUUCUAGAUGUUAUCAUAAGUUAUAUCAGAUACUAGAUCUUAGCAAGAUAGAGAUGUAAGAAGGUAUAUUCUGAAUUUUAAUACUAUUUCAUGAGUUUCUUAGUUACUAACUACGUAGUAAAACUUAGUAUUCUUAUUUAUGUAGUGAUUUUUUAAUUCAAGACAAGUUGGAUUAUUUAUCUCCUUCUAUUAGUUACCCUUUUGCUACUCUAAAUUUAUUAAUUUAAUUUGGCAAGUAAUUCACUAUUCAUUAGGUAUGUGUAGUUUAUUGGUUGUUUAGUACACAUUGGUCAGGAAUUUAGAAGGGAAUGUUCACGCACAUUCUUGAUUUUACUAUUAAGCAUUAAUUAAAUUAUUAUAGUAAUACAUGUGCAGGCUGAAUUUUGAAGUGGAACUUGCAAUUCUUACCUACUGUAAUCGAGAUUGUAUGUCUACAUAUGUAACACCCUGCACAUCAUUUGAUUUUGGGGUCAAAGUUCCUUCUAUUCUUUACGGUGGUUUACAUCAUUUGAUUUGUGGAUUAACUAUCCUUCUAUGGCUAGUUUUGAAACAUGAGAAGUUCAUUUCUUUUAACAAUAUACUCGCAUCAUCUUCUUUUUAUUCUCUACAAAUGUGCUAUUUAUAUGUAUAAUAUCUUUUCUAUUUUUAUGCACAAAAAGGAUGAGGCUACAUAUACAUGGAUUCAGAGGACCUACCGUGCUAACCUUUCAUUUACUACUGAUAAUCAAUCUUCCCGUUACGUACCGAUUCCAUCCCAGAAUUUGAACCAAUUUAACCCAAUGGACAAUCUGAUGCAGUGUAUGUAUCACUUUGAUCCAACUACUGGAGCAUAUGUUGUCCAUAUUGAUCAACAUAAUAGACCUAUAUUUCCAUUCCAGCACAUGUUGAAUACCCCUAUGGGUACUCAGAACUUUGAGACAGUGAAUGCAUUAAACAAGAGAGCUAAAGACAUUCAAGAUCCAAAUCUCUCUCAAAAUGCAACAUCUAAGAAAAACUAGACUACAGAAGAGGAGGUUGCUUUAACAGAAGCUUGGUUUUAUAUAUCCACAGAUGCUGAUGUGGGGACUAAUAAAAAAAGUCCAACAUGUGGAAUCGUAUAUUAGAAGUCUGGAAGGAGAAAAUGGGACCCGAUCACAAGAAAUCUAGGAAUAAUAAUAGCAUACAAUACCAUUGGCACCAAAUACGAGGUGCAGUAGACAAAUUUCUCGGGAAAUAUGAACAACUAGAAAGACAUCCAAAAAGUGGAACAAAUUCGGAAGACUUGGUAAGAGUACUAUAUUGUCUUUAGUUUUAAAGUAAGUUUGGAUUAACUAUUCUUUUUCUUUUUUCUUUAGUUGAUGCAGGCGUUGGAGUUAUACAAGGAUUUCUAUGGGAGUCAUUUUUAAUUUCUUCACUGUUGGACAAUCUUGGUCAAGAAUCCAAAAUGGUGCUCAAUAAAUCUUACGAAGACCAAGUCCCCCCUGAUGGCAUUAACGCGGAAGGUGUUGUGCCCUCACAAGGAAGAAAAGCUUGUAAAGAAAAAAGUGGAAGCUAAAUGAAGAAAAGGGUGUUGUUGAUGCAUUGAAUACACCAAAUAUACAAAUUGAACCUAACCAUACAUGCCCUCCGAUUAAAUCUUCUAAAUCGUCUACACUAACAAUCCAUCUGUCGCCGCCAAAAGGAGAAGGUACAAUGUAGAUUGGAUAAAGAAAUUAGUUUCAAUAUGACAAGCUUGGGGUUGAGAAAAGAGAAUGAUGAGAAAGAAUUUCAGCUGAAAGAGCAUGUGAUGAAAAAAGAAAUCGAACUAAAGGAGAACGCUCAAAAGUUGAAGAAAAAGGAGAGAGCUCAUAAUUAUAUUAUGAAUCAAGAUCUAAGCAAGUUAUCACAACCAGUGCGAACUUCCUUUGAAAUCAUGCAGGCUGAGAUUUUAAAAGAAUGGGAGAGAGAUGCCCUUUCCUAAAUUUGUGUAUUAAGUGAUAUUGUCUUUAGUUUGAUUUCAUUUGGUACUACUUUUGUAAGUAAGUUGUUUUUAUAUCUUGUUUAGUUAAUCAAACUUGUGUUGGUGAUUAUUUUAUGUGAUUGUUUUGAUUACAUUUUUCAAGUUAAAUGAUUUUCAAGCUUCUAUUAUAAGUUGUUUA